UCAGGAUCACUUUUCAAGAUCCUCGCCAUAUAGACACAUAACUUCUCGCCGGUCAUUGAUCUUCAUAACUCAAUCCUGUUAGCACUUUCUUCGAUAGUGUCUCAGUGCUUUAAUUGUUCAAACCAAAAUUUAAUUUACUUCUUUUCUUUAAAUAAAUCUCUUCAAAAUUUACUUAAACCGCUUCUUUACUAAUUUGUGAUCGAUAUUAAAUCGAUAGUGAACCACCAGAUGACUUGGCUAUUUUAUAAUAAUUUAUAUACUUGUGAUAAAUAAUUAUAGUGUUCGUUAAUUUAAAUAAUUUUGCUCACAAUUAAUUAAGGGAUAUAGAAUUUAUUUCAUUCGCCAAAAACGAUCACUGGGAUGGAGGGCUUUCAAAAUCAAAAUGGAUCAGACGAAGCAAAUACUCAAAAUCAUAUCAACGCUAAAAAGUCAUCCAUGACAUUAAGCGUAACGGGAUUGUGGGAUGUAGUCCCUCGUAUGGAAUACUAUAGAAUGAGCAAACGCGCAAAGCGGCCAUCGCUAAGUGAUUUGCACGAUGGAAAUCCCGUAAAAGAUCCAAACGUAGAGGCGGCUAUCGUAAAUCCAGGACAAGCAAGUUACGAAGGAAUAAAAUUAGGAUGGAUACAAGGGGUAUUGAUUCCUUGUCUUCUCAAUAUAUGGGGUGUAAUGCUAUUUCUUCGGCUAUCCUGGAUUGUCGCACAAGCUGGUAUAUCAUGGUCACUAUUAAUUAUCGGUAUAUCAGCACUUGUCUGCGUUAUAACAACACUUAGUCUCAGUGCAAUUAGUACUAAUGGCGAAGUAAAGGGAGGAGGAAUCUAUUUUAUUAUUUCAAGAUCAUUAGGGCCAGAAUUUGGUGCCUCGAUUGGUUUAGUAUUUGCAUUUGCAAAUGCAGUUGCCGCUUCAAUGAAUACUAUUGGAUUUUGUGAAUCUCUAAAUGAUUUAUUAAAAAGUCACGGUUUGAAAAUAAUAGACAAUGACGUUAUGGAUAUAAGAAUCGUCGGUGUUAUUGCUCUUAUGGUAAUGAUACUUAUCUGUGCUAUUGGUAUGGAAUGGGAGUCAAAAGCUCAAAAUUUUCUAAUCGCCAUAAUAGUGAUUGCCAUGUUCGACUUUAUGAUCGGAACAAUAAUUGGCCCUCGCGAUCAAUUAUCACAAGCGCAAGGAUUUAUCGGUUUUUCAACGGAAGUAUUUAAAAAAAAUUGGGAUUCAGAUUACCGUCACUUUGAAAAAACUACGCAUAAUUUUUUUUCAAUAUUUGCAAUAUUUUUCCCCUCGGUAACGGGUAUACAAGCUGGCGCCAAUAUUUCCGGGGAUUUAAAAGACCCAGCUACAAGUAUACCGAAAGGUACUUUAUUGUCACUGUUAAUUUCCAUGAUAAGCUACGUUGCGUUUGUUUUAUUUGCCGGCGGUGCGGCUCUACGUGAUGCCGGUGGUCUAGAUUUAAACAAUACUAUUAUUAAUUGUACACCUGGUGUUGACUGCCAAUAUGGUCUUCAUAAUAGCUUUUCCGUAAUGCAAUUGAUGUCAGUAUGGGGGCCAUUUAUCUACGCCGGUUGUUUCGCCGCAACAUUAUCAACAGCAUUGACAAAUUUGUUAUCAGUUCCACGUUUAAUUCAAGCACUUGGUCGCGAUAGAAUCUAUCCAGGAUUGAUAUUUUUCAGCAAAGGAUAUGGUAAAUCUGGUGAACCCUAUCGCGGUUAUGUAUUGACAUUUAUCGUCGCAGCAGUAUUUCUUCUUAUCGCAAAUCUUAAUUUAGUUGCUCCUCUUAUCUCAAACUUCUACUUAGCCUCUUAUGCUCUUAUAAACUUCUGUACCUUCCAUGCGGGUUUGAUUAGACCUCUUGGUUGGAGACCAACGUUCAAGUAUUACAAUACGUGGCUGUCAUUAUUAGGUUUUAUUCUCUGUGUAGCAUUUAUGUUUUUAAUUGAUUGGGUGACAUCAAUUAUUACACUUGUUGUUAUAUUUGGACUGUACUUAAUAGUUGUUUAUAGUAAACCGGAUGUUAAUUGGGGAAGUAGUACUCAGGCACAAAUUUAUAAAACUGCAUUGUCUGUAGUUUAUAGAUUGAAUAUUACUGACGAACAUGUUAAAAACUACGCGCCACAAAUUUUGUGUUUAUCGGGAUUCCCGGAAAAACGUCCUGAUUUAUUGCAUUUGGCGAAUCUUAUAACAAAACAUAAUUCACUUCUCAUUGCUGGAGAAGUUUGCACGACACCACUAUCUUAUCGUGCAAGAGUUGCAAGAAUACGCGGUGGAUACGAAUGGCUCAAUCGUCAUCGCGUAAAAGGUUUCUAUCAAGUUAUCGGUAACUUAAGCUUCGAAAAAGGAGCAUCGGCUUUAAUGCAAGCCGCUGGUGUUGGUAAAUUGAUGCCCAAUGUUGUUUUAAUGGGUUUUAAAGCAGACUGGGCUGCUUGUAAUCACAAAGAUCUUGAGGAAUACUUCAAUGUACUUCACAAUGCAUUCGAUCAAAAAUUAGCUGUCGCAAUGUUACGUCUACCAAAUGGAAUAAAUACAUCAAAUAUGUUAAAUCACGUUGACGAAGAACAUUUGGUACAGAGCAGUUACGAUUUAGCUGGUAGUACUUUGAUGCACGCUGACAGUGAUUUAUCAAUGAGCAGUCGUAUAACACGUGUACAAAGUGUACCUGUUAUUGGUACACACUAUUUACCUAGCAGUGAGUCAAGUGUAUCAGCUGUACGCGAAUCGCCGACAAGUUUAAGCGCCAAAGAUCAGUUGAGAAAUAAAAAAAAAUACAUCGCUGAUAAACUACUAUAUGAAAAAAGAAACGGAAUUUUAAGGGAACCAGAAAGUUUAACUAUUUUUGAAAAAAAAUAUAAAAAUGGAGUUAUCGAUGUUUGGUGGCUGUAUGAUGAUGGAGGAUUAACAAUACUGUUACCGUAUAUUAUAAGCACAAGGUCAAAUUGGGAGCAUUGCAAAAUGCGAAUAUUUGCAUUGGCUAAUCAUAAGCAAGAAAGUUCGACUGAAGAAAAAGAGAUGGCAGAAAUAAUGGCUAAAUUCCGUAUUAAAUAUACUAGUUUAAAAAUAGUCGAUGAUAUAAGUGUGCCACCGAAACAAGAAACCCAAGAUUUCUUUGAUAGACUUAUUAGUGAUUUUCGUAGACACGACGAUACUGAUAUUACAGACUGUGUAAUUACAGACAUGGAAUUACAAACAUUAAAAGACAAAACUAAUCGGCAGCUACGUCUCAGAGAGUUACUGUUGGAAAAUUCUAACAAAUCAACUUUUGUUGUCAUGUCUCUGCCAAUGCCAAGGAAAGGAGCUGUCUCGGCGCCUUUAUAUAUGGCGUGGCUUGAAACUCUAACACGUGAUAUGCCUCCGACACUAUUAAUACGAGGCAAUCAUACGUCUGUAUUAACGUUUUACUCUUAAGUAGUUAAUUAUUUUUUAAUACCAAAAAAAUGACUUUCAAAAAAUGUCAAUAAUUAUUCGUUUUAUCAAAACAAAGUAUGAAAUAAUUAAUUAUUAAUUAUAAAUCAUUACUGACUUGGGCAGUCCGUUUGGAACGACUAUUUUUUCACUCCUACUUCAAAAUAUUGUUGUAGACAUUGGAAAAUUCCCUGAAAGUUUCGCUCUUAAUUUUAAUUUUAAAUUAUUUCGUUCUGAAAAUUAUUCUUUUAAUAAUAAUUUGGGUUUUUAAUCGAUAUCGACUAAAUAAUAAAAUUUACAGUAAAAAUGCAGAGAACAAUUUUUAAGGAAAUUUUAUUCUCUACAAAAAAGGUCCUCUUGGUUUAGUAGCUCAACUUAUUCGUUCACGUGAUACAGGGAUUUUAUUAAUUUUGUAAAUAAAACAACUGUCAAAAAUUUUUCCGAAGCUUAUCAAAUUUCCUCCAUAUUUUCAUUAAUGGGAAAAUUAAUUACUUGUUUAAAAUUAAAAUUAAAAGGCAUUUUUCGAAUUUUUUAGUCGUUCAAAACGGACCACCCUGAUACUGACAUGCUCUCUAUUAAAAUAUGAGCGAAAUUAACGAGUGUGUGUAGCAGACAUCAGACAAAUUCAAAAUUAUACAUAAAUAGAGUAAAUAAUUGAAAAAAAAAUAUUUAUAAAAAAUGCACUUAAGAAUUUCAAAAUUUUUUAAAGGUGCAUUUUUUAAAAAUUUGAUUUCAUUAAUUAUUAACUCUAUUUAGUAAUAAUUUUAAAUUUGACUGUUGUCUGCUAUAUUCACACUCACGCAAAACUAAAUAGAGAAUUUAAUUACUUUAAUUAUAUUAUUUUUCAUCACUUCAUAAUUAAAUUUAAUUAAAGUAAAGUAGAAUUAAUAAUUUUUUUUUUAAACUAAAAAAUUACUAGAAAAAUUUUUUUUUCAAUCUAAUAUUUUUUAAUUCUUAUUAAAUAGUUAAAUAUUAAUUUGAAGUAUUAAUAAUUAAUUAAUGAAUACUAGGAAUAAAAAUAUAUGAUUUUACUGAAUAUCAUUUAAAAUUUAUUAAUUUAACAAAAUAAAUAUCUAUAAAAGUAAUCAAUUAAAAUAUUCGUCAUAGAAAGUGAUGAAAAAUAUCGAGCAUAUUAAUAAUUACGUCCGUCAUAUAAUCACCGCAGUAUUUAACUCAAUUAUUUAUUAUUUAUCAAAUAAUAGUCAGACUUGUAAAUAAAAAAAAAAAAAAAAAAAAAAAAAAAAAAAA